AUGACGGACACAAUGGCAUGGUUUGCAAUUCUGGUGGUAUAUCAGGUGCUGGUUGCCACGUCUUUCGUUGAAGCAGACUUAAAUCUGGAAUGUCCAACAGGUUAUGAAAUCAAGGAUUCCUAUUGUUAUAAGAAGGUGUUUGCCACUUUUCCGUGGGAAAAAGCAGAAGAUGCAUGCGAAAGAGAGGGAAGUCAACUUGUAUGGAUCGAUGACUGGGAGGAGAAUGAUUAUGUUCAAAAGUUACUCCCGAAUACAUCUGGUGAAAUGUUUUGGAUAGGAUUACACCAGACAGAUAAUGAUUGGAGAUGGACUGGAAGUUCAAGUGUGUAUGAUACUAAAUAUGGCUUUUGGGAACCACAGCAGCCAGAAGGAAAUGCAAAGUGUGUAGCUGGUAUGGUAAAUGGAAAUUGGAAAUUGGAACCAUGUCAGCAAAUGUUGCCCUUCAUUUGUAAGACAACGGCAUAUCCUCAAGGUUCAUUUAAAUGUAGUAAAGGACCAGCUAUCAGUAGCAUGCAUCAAUGUGAUGGAUGUAAGGACUGUGAAGACGGAUCUGAUGAGUUACAAUGUGAUAGAGCUCCUCAGUGUAACUGGUACAGCACAAGGCAAAGUGGCACACAGAUGAUUAGCUACCAAAGGAGUAAAACAUGCUUGUACACUCUGAAAGUGGACAUAGGGCAAAGGAUCAUGCUUACGCUUUCUUCACUAAUACCUGUUGAACUGCGUGCUGACUCCUUGAAAGUGUUCUCUGGUGGUAAUACUCUGUCUGAGAGUUAUGAAAUAGGCUCUGUAACAGGUUUCCUCAGUCAAGGACAGAGAUUCAUUUCCGGCAACAAUUACAUAAUCGUGAGAAUCACAACUGACAGUUCAGUAGAAGGCCAACCUAUCACCAUGAGCUGGACCAAUGCUGUCCCUGAUGUCUUUAAUUCAGCACGCAUGUUGUCUGCUCCAUCAUAUUUUGUAACAUUGCAAUCUCCCUUCUAUGGUGAAAUGUUGCCUGCAGAUUUGGCAAUGGCCUGGGACAUCACUGCAUUGACAGAAGGACAAGUUAUCACAGUUAUGUUUGAUAUGGUUGAUUUGGAAAGUAGAAGCUCCUUGGAGUUAUAUGAUGGUGGAAAUAUGUAUGAUGCAGUCUUAUCUGGUAUUCGCUCCAUUCCCGAUCCAGCUAUGUAUAUUUCAUAUAGCAGGACUAUCAGAAUUAAAUUGUCUACCUAUGCUGCUUACCAAAGUAGUUCUAAUGGCUUCUCUAUCAGAUAUAUGGAGGGAUGUCAGAACACCAUUACUCCAGCUAAUUACGGGACAAUUUUGACACCCGGUUUUAAGACCGGGUAUUAUCCUCGUGGUGUUUCUUGUAGUUGGACAAUUUUAGCUCCAGCAUCAAAGAAAUUGACGCUGAGAAAAGAAUCAUUCAACAUUGUUGCAAAUGUUGACUACAUGAAGGUUUACAACAAUACUAACACUCCUGUCCAUACAGGUAGUGGCUACACAGGUGAUAUCAAUAGUCCAUUGGUCAUCACUUCAGACACUGGAUAUAUAAAGGUUGAGUUUAUAUCUGACAAAGUGAGAACAGGAAAUGGUUUCAAGCUGACCUAUUCCAUCGACUGUGAACCGCUGACCCCAUCCAUGUGGACCAGUAUCACUCCAAAUGAGAUGCCUUAUACCUCAUUUCGUAGCACCAUUGUUGUCACUUGUGAAGAAGGAUAUUCUUUCACACAAGAGGAAUACAACCAAAUGUCUUCUGUGCCAAUGAUAUGUGAGGCAGGUGGAAACUGGAAUGUUUCUCGCAAUCCUGAUUGCUCCACUUUUGUUGGAUAA